GGAUAGCCGCAUGUGGCUCUCCGCCCCUCGCACGCAUCGCGGCUUGCCUCGGGGUGAAGGCUUGGAAAUCCAUUGCGAGUUGCAGGCUGAAACGGGAGGUUGUGACACGUCUUUAGGAAAAUAAUUGCACCUGUUGAGUAGUACCACGCUCUAAAGGUGCAAACAGCUACGGGCAACUUGGUCUUGGUCAUAAAGAAGAUGUGCUGGUUCCUCAGGCCCUGAAAGAUGUUUUCUGCAAGUGUCAAGACAUUGCAAGCAUUGCUGGAGGAGGGGGACAUUCUGCACUUACCACCGGUACAGGACAACUCUUUGUAUGUGGCCACAACAAAGAUGGACAGUUGGGAUUGAAUCACACAGAGGAUGUGCUGCGUUUUACUUUGUGCACUGCCCUGUCUGGCUUUUGUGUGAAACAAGUUGCAUGUGGCUGGGAUUUUACAAUCAUAUUAAAUCUGGCCUAGUGCUGUCCUGUGGGUCAAACUCUUUUGGACAAUUGGGACUUCCUCAAAUUUCAAGUCCGUGCUUGAUUCCACAAAAGAUUGAGUCUCUCAAAGAGAAGGUGGUGAAUGUUGCUGCAGGACUGAGACAUGCCCUUGCUGCUACAGACAGAGGUUUGGUGCUGCAGUGGGGAACUGGGAUGGCAUCUCGGGCAAAGCGUGCAAGCCAAGGAAAAGCCCUCCCUCUGUUCCUGACAGCAAAGGAACCCUGUGAAGUGGCAGGCCUGGAAGAUGUAAAGGUGAAGGCAGUUGCUGCAGGCUCCUAUCAUUCAGUCUCCCUCACAGAUGAAGGACACUUGUAUGUCUGGGGCAGCAACAAACACGGGCAACUGGUGAGCAGAGACAUCUUUCUAGCUGAGCCGAAGAAGAUUGACACUCAGUGUUUCUCACACGAAAAGAUUGGAGCAGUUUGGAGUGGCUGGACCCACCUGGUGGCACAGACAGAAGCUGGCAAGGUGUUCACCUGGGGCAGAGUGGACUACGGGCAGCUUGGAAGGCAGGUGGUUGUUCCCAGUGGGCAGCAGAGCACAGCAUCUGAACAGAACUUGGAGCUGUUGUGUAACACCCCUGGUUUGGUUCCUUGCCUAAAUGGAGCAUCUCAGCUUAACACCUUGAUGUGUGGAUGGAUGCUUGUGAUUUUUCAUACUGCAAUCCCUCGUAUCGCAUGUGGCUCAGAGCAUAACCUGGCAAUAGUUGGUGGCCAGUGCUUCUCUUGGGGAUGGAAUGAACACGGGAUGUGUGGUGAUGGCACAGAAGCAAACGCUCCUGUCCCAAAGCCAGUCAAAGCUUUUGGCUGUGCAAAACAGAUUUUAAUUGGAUGUGGGGCAGGACACUCCAUGGCCCUCUGCCAAACUCCUCACUAGGGCCAACACACCUGGAAUCAUCGCAUCAUGGACAUGGAUGGACAUCUCUGGAUUGUGUAGCUCAGAAGUGCUACAGACCUGCCCAUGAUUAACACAGUAGCUGGAAACUGCAGAUAAUUUUCCUGAAUCCAAAAGGAAAGACCAUGCAUAAAAACUGUAAUAUUUUAAAAAUUGUUUCCUGGGUUCUUGCCACAGGAAUUGACUUUCUUACUCACAGACAGAAUUGCAGACAUUCUGCCUUGAUGCAAUACGACUGAAGAGAGAUUUACAUUUUCUUGUUCUUCUGAGAAGUCUUUGAGGAAGAAACCAACUGCUUAAUGGCUUUUUGGUGUAUAAAUUCAGUCUGAAGAAAUGGUCUGAGAAGGUGUUUUUUGUUAUUGUAUCUUUACAUCAUGGUAUGUUGGACCUACCAACUUCUACUGGGGUUCUGAGCUCCCAGCAGCUCAGAAAACUGUUUGUGUCACAAAGAAAUGCCAGUGAACAUGACUAGAAGCCUACACACAUUUUAAGCAGAAGUUGAGGAUUUAAAAAAAGAAAAAAAUGAUUAUAAUCUAGAAGACUAGCAAAAGCACAAAAUGAGGCCCUUUUGAACUAGUCUUGAUUAAUCUGUGAAAGGAGCAGUAUUUUUCAUGGAUUAUGUUCUGUGCCAGACAUCAGUUUAUUAUAGAUUUACAGGGAUGCAGAUCUGCAUGAAUUAUCACUAACUUGCAAACCAAACCUGAAGUUUCUGAAACUACUGCUUAGAGAAGGAAAAUUUCUACGAGCUCUUAGAAACAAGCAAAAAGUUUUUAUCAAAGGGUGUAAGUCAGUUGUAGCUGUUGAGGACAGCUUGAUCCGAUGUAGCUCCUGUGUUUCCAUCUGCCUUGGAAAAGGAAGACAUCAAAAUCUAACCAGAAAGAUUUUACAAGUUCUCCAGCCUAAAAGGCAGACCAGAAUGCUCCUGACAAUUUCAGGUUAGUUCUCACUUCUGUUUUGCAGCCCAGCUGAGUUGCUGUUCACAGCAUGCCCACAGUACUUGUUCCAGGUGGGGGCUUGACAGAGAACAUAGGCCUAUCACUUGUUUUGGUAGGGGAAAGGAAAAAGUGUAAAAUGAGUUGCCUUUGGAUAUAAUUAGCUGCUUAUGUUGAGCAAAAUUUUGGAAACUAUUUAUAAAACUGAUAUUUUCCAUACAAAUACAGUGGAUGCCAUUAAACUGGAUGUUUACCACCCACAAUACUUACAUUUGCUGUGGUAUUCAACAUAUUUCAAGUUCUAAAUAUAGAGAAUUCUACUGUGUAGUAAGUGCACCUUUUAAUGAGACCUACUGUUGCUAAACAGUGGUUUUAUUUUUCAAGCAGGCUUGCCAGGGAAGAAACCUUACAGAAUUACAAAAUGUUGAGAGAAAGGCUCUUAGGAAAUAGGACAGGACCUUCUAAUGGUGUAUCAGCUUACACAUGAAAGGGAAGGAAUUAAGAUGAUAAUAUGGGCUGCAUGGAUUUUUUCACUCUUGGUUUUAUAGCAGUUAUAGUUCUUGGUUUCACUUCCAAGAAUACUUUAUUUUUUCUAUUCAACAGAUGAGAAAUUUGAGCAGACUACGAAGCUGAUUUUAACUAUUACAGAUUCCAAAAGAAUAAUCAAAUGGGUUCUCUGCAAAAUAUGGAGAAUUAAGAUUUCUGUUGCAAAUUUUUAAAAAUCCAUAUGUUUGCUGGGGUUUUUCAUGGCAAUAUACUGUGCCAGGCUUUGACUUCUUGCACUUUUAGUUAUCUAAGUUGGUAUUUAUUGACUGUUCUCAAUGCCAUUUCCUGGAUACCAAAGCUUCUCUAUUAUAUGCACUGAACAAUUUCUCAUGCUUUCUCUGACAAUCCUGUCUGAGGUUUCCAUUUGUGAUUUCUGCAAAAUCUGUGUACCAAAUAAACAUGUUCUCUUGCUUCAGUAAUCAUUUCCUCUAAAUAAGUCUGUUCCUUGAUUAAUCACAGCCAAUAUGUGCCUUACAUGAGGUUUACUGGACUGGACAUGUUUUGGCUGUGUGUGCUGUUGCUGCAGUUUAUUGCAGAGGAGUCCAACAAAUUAUGUAACAAA